UAUCCUUUCUCUCUUUCUUUCUUUAUUUAUUUCCUUCUUUCUUUCUUUCUUCCUAUUUCACACUAUUGUUCCUUCAUCACCCUAUCCUUCCUUCCUUCCUUUCUUUCUUUCUUUCCUUCGUUCUUUUCUUAUCUCACAUUUUUGUUCCUUCAUCCCCGAUCCUUUCUUUCACUCCCUCCUUUCAUUCUUACCCUCUUUAAUCUCACUAUCACUCUGCCUCUAUUCUUCCUCUUUCUUUUUUUCUUCCUAUUUAUUGUCUGCUCUCUUCUGUGACUUUUGGCUCUGUCCUUCUCAUUUCUUCUUUCUCACUUUACUCUCUUCCUUCUCUUCUCCCUCUUUUUCCCCCUCUAUUCUAUCUCUUAGUCCUUCUUUAUGUUUUAGUUCCUCUGUCCAUUCCUCUCUUGCCUUUUUAUUCUUUUCCUUCCUUCCUUCCUUUCUUCUCUCUCUCUUCAUUCUCUUCUUCCAUUCUUCUGCUCUCUUCUUUUACUCUGCCUCUCUAUUCUUUCUCUUCCCCUAUACUUUCCUCUUCUCUUUCUUUCUAUAUUUAUUUAUUUAUUUAUUUUGGCUAAUCGCUUCUCUUUUUUCCCCCUUUCUCAUUUUUAAAAAUGAACUUUUGUCCCUCUUUGUUUUCUCCUCGACUCUUCUGGUUUAGCAAGUUUCCCACCUCUUUUUUUCUUUCUCUCUUCUGUCUUGAUUCCAUCUUUCUAUCCCUUGCAUCUUUUCUUUCUCCAUCCUUCCAUUUUCCAACAUGUUCAUCUGUUCUUUCUUGUUCCUUCUUUUGCUAAUUUUGUCUUCUUAUCAACUCUACUCAUCGCUUUCUCUCUCUCUCUCUCAUCUCUCUCUCUCUCAUCUCUCUCUUUGCCCUUUCCUCCACCCCGGAGUGUGUCUUCACCCUUUGCUCUGUAGUGUAGAGAGCAGGGAGUGAAGUGCCCUUGAUCUAAAUUAGCACAGGCUCAUUUGAAUAUUCAUCAGCUGUGUGUGUGUGUGUGUGUGUGUGUGUGUGUGUGUGUGUGUGUGUGUGUGUGUGUGUGUGGAGGAGAGGAGGAGUGUGAAGUGCACUAAUCUUAGCUCACUCAAACACUUCUGCUCUGAGCACAUGUCUAACUCUUACUUUCUUUCUUAUAGUUUUCUUCAUUUAUUUUCUACUUUCUUCUUAUCUCAUGCUUUAGAAGUUUACUGUGGUCUGCUGAAAUGUGCACGCACACACACGCACACACACACACACACACACACACACACACACACACACUCGGAGCUGCUAAGAUCAUGCUGUCCAUGAUCUUACUCCUCAUAUCGGGGUCAUGGUGGUCCACAGGAAAUCAAUACUCUGUAUGUGUGUGUGUGUGUGUGUGUGUGUGUGUGUGUGUUGUCUCACAGGGACUGCUCGGGGAGAUGCAGCUGAAUGUGCCGCUGUGCAAGUCAGGAUUUUCACAAAGCCUUUAUUCCCUGCGCCUCUCAAGGGAUCUAGUGCACGGCCGAAGUGUGCUCAAAGACACCUUGCUGUCAUCAGGAGCAGUUCAUUUUGAUGACUGUUUAGGAAACGCAGCAGUACGACUGGACAGCAGUGAUCCCCGCUUCAGAAUCGAGACAGACGGAUCCGUGUACACACAGAGAGACGUGUUCACUCUGAACACACCGAUGAAUUUCACAGUGACGGCUCACACCACAGACGACGCACACACCUGGGAGACGACCGUCCGACUGGAGCGCGAGGAAAUGACAGGUAAUUACAUGGCACGAGGACAAGAGGACACCGGGACGCAGGAAGUUGUCAUCCGCUUUCCUCCAAGACAGAACUCGAGCUCCGGCGAGCUGCGGCGGCAGAAGCGAGACUGGGUCAUUCCACCGAUCAACGUACCAGAGAACUCCCGAGGUCCCUUUCCACAGAUGCUCGUUAGCAUCCGUUCAGAUAAAGAUCGCUCCAUUAACAUCAGAUACAGCAUCACCGGUGUGGGAGCGGAUCAGCCACCCAACGAAGUGUUCAACAUCGAUCCAGAGAAAGGCAAGAUGUACGUCACCAAGCCCCUGGACAGAGAGGAGCGCUCGUCCUACCACCUCCGUGCUCAUGCGGUCGAUAUGAACGGGAAUCAGGUGGAGCAGCCGGUGGACCUCUACAUCUUCGUCAUCGACAUGAAUGACAACCGGCCCGAGUUCAAGAACCAGAUCUACAACGGUUCAGUGAUGGAGGGAUCCAAACCAGGUACGACAGUGAUGACAGUAACAGCGCACGAUGCUGAUGACAUCACCACCUCUAAUGGCAUGGUGCAUUACCGGAUUCUCCAGCAGACCCCGCACAUCCCGAUCCCAAACAUGUUCACUAUUAACAGAGAGACAGGAGACAUUGUUACUGUCGCAGCUGGACUCGACAGGGAGCGAGUUCCUCAGUACACAGUGAUCGUCGAGGCAACAGAUAUGGAGGGGAAUCUGAACUUCGGUUUGUCGAGCACAGCCACGGCGCUAAUCGCCAUCACCGACAUCAACGACAACCCGCCUGAACUCACACAGAGCACGUUCUCGGGUGAGGUGAUGGAGAACAGCGUGAACGUAGUGGUAGCGAACCUCUCCGUGGUCGAUAAGGACGAGCCUCGGUCACCCAACUGGAACGCCGUGUACCGCGUCGUCAGCGGUGACAACGGACGCCACUUCACCAUCCGGACAAAUCCGGAGAACAACGAUGGAAUGCUCACUGUAGUGAAGCCGGUGGACUUUGAGAUGAAUCGAGCGUUCAUGUUGACGGUAGUAGUCGCUAAUCAGGCUCCUCUGGCUGACGGGAUCCAGUCGUCUCUCCAGUACACAGCCGGGGUCACCGUCUCUGUGAGGGACGUCAACGAGGCACCUGUUUUCCCGGAGAACCCCAAAAUGGUGCGGUUUGAGGAGGGCGUGCCCGCUGGCACCAUCAUCACCACGCUCACUGCCCGAGACCCGGACACGUUCAUGCAGCAGAGCAUUCGGUAUCUUAAGCUGUCGGAUCCGGCUAACUGGCUGUCCAUCAACACGACAAACGGUCAGAUCACCACGACGGCUGUGCUGGACCGAGAAUCCGUCUAUGUCAAGAAGAACAUCUACGAGGCUACGUUCCUUGCCGCUGAUAAUGGCUCUCCUCCUGCCAGUAGCACAGGAACGCUGCAGAUAUUUCUCAUAGAUGUGAACGAUAACGCUCCAUCACUCGUUCCUCACGAUGCUCAGAUCUGUGAAAGAUCUCACAUGAACUCUGUCAACAUCACGGCUGUGGAUGCAGAUACCGAUCCCAAUGUCGGUCCAUUCGUCUUCGAGCUUCCUCUUCAUCCCUCCAUCAUCCGCCGCAACUGGACCGUCUCCCGGAUCAACGGAAACUAUGCCCGUCUGAGCCUAAGGAUCCAGUUCCUGGAGUCGGGUGUGUAUGAGGUUCCCAUUUCUGUGUCAGACUCAGGAAACCCGCCACUCUCCAAUCGCUCAGUCAUUAAGGUGAAGGUGUGUCCGUGUGACGAACAUGGUGACUGCACUGCACACGGUGCCGUAGCAGCGGCGGGCCUGGGCACUGGCGCCAUCAUCUCCAUCCUUAUCUGCAUCAUCAUCCUUCUUAGCAUGGUUUUGCUCUUUGUGGUAUGGAUGAAGAGGAAAGAGAAGGAGAGGCAAACCAAACAGCUGCUGAUUGACCCUGAGGAUGAUGUCAGAGACAACAUCCUCAAAUAUGAUGAGGAAGGAGGAGGAGAGGAGGACCAGGACUAUGACCUGAGUCAGCUGCAGCAGCCCGACUCCCUGGAGCACAUCAUGGGUAAACCCCCGGGUGUCCGACGGGUGGACGAGAGGCCUGUGGUACCCGAGUCUCAGUACCCGCUACGGCCCAUGGUGCCCCACCCUGGGGACAUUGGAGAUUUCAUCAAUGAGGGUCUGAGAGCGGCGGAUAAUGACCCGACAGCCCCACCGUACGAUUCGCUGCUAGUGUUUGAUUACGAGGGCAGUGGAUCCACGGCCGGGUCGGUCAGCUCACUCAACACCUCCAGCAGUGGAGAACAAGACUAUGACUACCUCAACGACUGGGGUCCGCGUUUCAAAAAACUCGCCGACAUGUAUGGGGGCGGAGAUGAUUAAAACGGAAAGGUGCAGUCCAUCAAAGGCUCCUCCCACGUCACCUGACCUGUGGCGACGACCAAUCAUGGGCCUCUCUCUCUCUCUCUGAAAAACAUACCCACCUACCAAUCACUUGGCCAGCUCCAGAGAGACUUGUACUACAGAGAGAGACAGCGAUAUAGUGGACCUGCUUUUUCCUUUAAUUAUGUUUUUUUUUUUUAAAUAAGUUUCUUGUUUUUUUUUUAUUUGUUUUUUUUUUUUUUAGUAGUCGAGCUGUAUUCACGCUUUGUGCUCAUUAUUUCUUUGAAGAUUCCUGCGAUUUAGUUGACGCAACUAUCUGCAGGCGAAAGCUUCCUGCUAGUAUUGAGACAGCACAUAAAAAGAGAAAAGAGUAAAAAAAAAAAAAAAAAAAAGACAAGGUAGGCAUUCUACUCUUAAAAAUGGUCUGAACAAGCCAUUCUUUUUCUUUCUCUGAACUUGAAUUCUUUCGAGAAGAGGAGCACUGUCGUCGUUGUCGUCGUUGUCGUUAUCGUUGUUUAAGAAGUGCCUUUAGUGGUGCGUAGUUCUUGGAUUUUUCUCAGGAUUGGUCUUCUGUCCAGACCUACACCUGACAUCAACACACACUUCUACAGCUGAUCGGCCAUAUUCAAGUUCCUCAUAAUUCUCCUGCAAGAACAUUGAGGCUUUUGGCUUGUAGCUCCAUGACAGGAAGCUUACAGGAAGUUACAUGACAGGACGUUUGCGUCACUGAAUAGUACACAGUACAUCAGAUAUUUACUUUUUGACAAAAAUGAAUUCGACUGUAGAGUUUCACAUGCUAUCGAGGAGACAGUUACAGAGAGCUCGGCAGAAACAUUAGAACUAUCGAACCAUGAGGUUUAUUCAUGAUCAGGUACAAAUUUGGUAGUACCGAUAAUUGUUUAUAUGACACACCGUGACAUUUUUAGCAUGAUUUUAAAAUAUCACUACCCUCGAGGAGGCUGUCUGGGUGGGCAACAUUUUUGGGCAGUAUUUAUGCUCCUGAGAAGAAAGCAGCAUAUGGACAGCUUGUAAGGUUCUUUUAAGGUUCUUCUAAGGUUGCUUCUUUUUGGUCAGGUUAAAACACAGAAUCAUAUGUGACAGCAAAUCUCAGAAAGUUUGAGUGCACAGAAGUGUCUCUCUAAAAUGCUGCCUGGCGAGAAUAGCGAAACGUAAACAUGUUAUUAUGGCAUUAAGCUGUAAACCGUUAUUGUCGUUAUUGUGAUAUGAAAAUGUAAUGCCUUGAAGUGCUAGGGUUAGGGUUUCAUUUCCAUGUUUGCUCUGCAUUGAGGCCCUGUCCACAGGUAUAUUCUUUUCUCAGUGUUUUGGCCUCCUGAUCUCACGAAAACAGCAUUUUGGAUCACUGAAAACAAAGCUCUCAGAUACACCAAUCAGCCAUAACAGUAAAUCCACCUGCUUAAUAUUGUCUAGGUCCACCCUGUGCCACCAAAACAGCUCUGACCCGUCAAGGCAUGGACUCCACAAGACCUCUGAAGAUGUGUUGUUGUAUCUGGCACCAAGACGUUAGCAGCAGAUCCUUUAAGUCCUGUAAGUUGCGAGGUGGGGCCUCCAUGGAUCGGACUUGUUUGUCCAGAACAUUCCACAGACGCUCGAUCGGAUUGAGAUCUAGGGAAUUUGGAGGCCGAGUCAACACCUUCAACUCUUUGUCAUGUCCCUCAGACCUUUCCUGAACAUUUUUUGCAGUGUUCAGGACGCAUUAUCCUGCUGAAAGAGGCCACUGAGAUUAGGGAAUGCUGUUGCUAUGAAGGAGUGUACUCGGUCUGCGACAGUGUUUAGGUAGGUGGUACGUCUCAAUGUAACAUCCACAUGAAUGCCAGGACCAAAGGUUUCUCAGCCCGGAGCAUCACACUGCCUCCACCAGCUCGCCUUCUUCUCAUACUGUAGUGCAUCCUGGUGCCAUCUCUUUCCCAAGGUAAGUGAUGCACAUGCACACUUGAAAAUAUGAAAACAUGAUUCAUCAGACCAGGCCACCUUCUUCCAUUUCUCCAUGGUCCAGUUCUGAUGCUCACAUGUCCAUUGUCGGUGCUUUUGGCAGUGGACAGAGGUCAGCAUGGACACUCUGACUGAUCUGCGCCUACACAGCCCUAUACGCAGCAAGCUAUGAUGCACUGUGUGUUCUGACACCGAGCCAGCAUUAGCAUUUUCAGCAAUUUGUGCUGCAGUAGCUGUUCUGUGGGAUCGGACCAGACGGGCUAGCCUUCGCUCCCUACACGCAUCAGUGACUCUUGGGCGCCCACGACCCUGUCGCUGGUUCACCAGUUGUCCUUCCUUGAACCACUUUUGGUAGGUAAUAACCACUGCAUACCGGGAACACCCCACAAGACCUGCUGUUUUAGAGAUGCUCUGACCCAGACGUCUAACCAUCACAAUUUUUCUCUUGUCAAAGUCAGUCAGAUCCGUAUGCUUGGCCAUUUUCCUGCAUCCAACACGUCAACUUCAAGAACUCUCCUCUUGCUGCAUAAUAUAUCCCACCCCUUGACAGUUGCCAUCGAGAUAUAAACCAAUGUUAUUCACAUCUCGUGUCAGUGGUUUUAAUGUUAUGGCUGAUCUGUGUCGUUUUUCCAUUUUCGUACGGACGGAGAUAUUCUCAAAAGCGCUGGUCAUGUGGAUGAGAAAGCAUUUAUAUAAAAUCUGAGUCUUCACAGCAACAAGCUCUCCAUAGGUGCAACGUACACUUAUUUAAGCUACAUAAAGUUAUUACUCUUCUUCAAAAGCAUAUAUUAAGACAUUAACGAGGCCAAAUUGCAUGCAUGUCACCAGAAGAUCAAACUAUCGCUCACUGUAAGCCAUUGGGCCAAAGGUUCCUGGAUUGCCACUUGAUGAGGGUUAAAUAGCGAUUGUGAGUGUUCAUUCAUCACAUCAGUACAAGACUCACCCACUUUGUAUCAAUGCACUGUUGAGUAGUUUAUUCAUAGAUAUUUGACACAUUUAUAACCAAAUCAUUUGGGCACUUGAAGAAAACAUUCACUCAUUUAUGAAGAAUCUUCAUCUUUUGAACGUACUGAGGAAGUAUUCACAAUAAAAUAUUCUGUAUAGAUAAUAAAUGCGGUUUGAUGUUUUGAUGUUUCACACUAUGCUGGUGUUCAAAUUAUGCUGACGCUCCCAUUAGGGGCACAAAAGGAAGAAUCGAGACCAGAAAGUUAUUGUUCCACAAAAGUUCCUCAUAAUUUUAUUGCAAGCUUGUUAAAAUGAAAUGUAAAGUAAGGGUAAAAGGUAAGAGGCUUGAUAUUGACUAGCAAUUCUCAUUUAUAUUUAAGGAAAUGUUUGGAGUUUAAUGAUUAGUCACAACGGGUGGCAUGAAAAACACAAUCCAGUAUCAAAAUGAAUGGCUCAUAAAAUGUCCUGAAGCCCAUUGAGGUCUUUGGUUCAUACUAACUUACUCAUAGCUUUUAUAAGCAGCAUCCCGAGGGCAACCUUAAAGAAAGUUCUGGGUCACAUUAUACCGUAAAAUUCACUUAUCUUGGACAGUCAUUAUGCACAAUCCAAACAGGCUUAAAAAAAUUAAGGGAAAUAAGAAUUAGUAGGUCAUUAGCGUUAGGAACUGGAAGGACUAGAGAAAUCAACAAUGAAAUGAGAAUUUAAGUAUACAGUAAUGGGAAAGAGUGCUAUCAAGAAUAUUAAGAUAUACGAGCUGAUAUUAAUCAGAGUAUGUAAUCAAGGUGGAGCAGUAGCGCGGAAACACGACAAACAGGAAGUAAACAAGGAAGUGGACGACUUAGAGAAAAGCGUAAACAGACCGAGGCUGCAUUCACUCUUGGGUUGUUGUUUUUUUUUUUAACAGUAAAAGUGCUGGCCGGAUAUGAAAAAAAAUCAGCUCACCGUAGUAACGCUCUUACAAACCCUCGCUAGUAUCGGCUAACUAACUGUCGUAGCUUGCUCUCUAGAUUAAAUUUAUUAUUAUCGGUAAUGUUUGCGAAAUAAAAACUCUAUUAACGAGGAGGUUGUGUGUCUUUGCCGUAGCUUUGGAGGCAGAAAUGAAUGACUUAUUAUCACAUCUGUAGUUACAUCGGAAAAUAUUUUUCAUUCAGCAUGUCAUUCAAAAGAAAAAUCUUCUCACAUUCGCUCACUAACAAGACUCGUUUUUUCCGCUGGCACUCUGUCCUCCGUGUUGGUUUUUCUGGCUUGACGACCCUCUUGCCAAAGUACUUGAUGUCACCCUGCGCUUUUCUGAAAGAAAAAAAAAACAUCAGUGGCAGCACUGCCAAGUGUGAAAGCAGCCUAAUUAGGACGACAACGAGGCUCGGGAGGAAUACAUGGUAUCGGUAAUCAGAGGGUGUGGUCAGGG